AUGCGUGUCUUGCUGGCGCAGCACCUGACUCUUGUGGGAGUCUUGCUGGGCCUAUGUAGUCAUGGCCUGUGCAGCUCAGAUUGCGAUGAAGCUACCGAUGUCUUCUGCGCGGUCCAAGCCCCAAUUGCACCGAAGGCCCCUCGUUUCGAAAAGGGUACCAUGGUCUGUUUCGGGGGCGAUUGCCAAAGUCCUCUUACAGCGCACACCUGGAAAAAACAAUGGCAGAACUACUUGGCGUCGGGAGCUGAGAGCAAGCUGCAGGGUCCGCUGGACCACUGCUGCCCAGCUUGCGAUAGCAUCCUGACGCGAGGCUGCAGCAACUCACGCGAGGAGGAGCAUAUCUUUGUAAGCCACAUCCGGCCUUUCAUGCCCCAAGGUAGGGACACGCCUCCAGUGUUCGUGGAGUUGGGUGCUUAUGACGGCUGGCACGAGACCAACACGCACUUCCUUGAGAGCUGUCUGGGUUGGAAGGGCCUCAUGAUCGAAGGCAAGCCCACCACGUUCAAGACGCUUCAGAGAAACCGUCCGAACACGGUCAAGAUCAGUAGCGCCAUAUGCAACGAGACCACCACUGUCAACUUCGGGGGCGAUCGAACCGGGGCUCACGUUGCUGGUGGUUCAGCUGUCGUACCUUGCGCGCCUCUCCAGUCAUUCUUCGACACGCUUAAUAUCCAACAUAUCAGCUUCUUCAGUCUGGACGUUGAAGGAUAUGAGCUGUACGUGUUGAACUCCGUCGACUGGAGAAAGGCGUCAAUCGCAGCGCUGGUGGUCGAAGAGCUCCAGCGGCACAAGGAAAAGAACGGGGCGGUCAGAAAGUUGCUGAAGGAUGCAGGCUACGACUUGUUGGGUUCCAGUUGUUGGAACCAAAAGGCUUGCGAUUCGUUUUGGAUCAACAAGAAGUUCGUUGACGUCGAAGCUGCCAAGCAACAUCUACUGAAGAACCCAUUUCCUGGUGCGUAUGAGAUCGACAAGUGCAGGCCAGCCGCAGCAUGA